AUGGCUCUCCAACUUUUUUGCUCUGAAUGCAAACUUGGCGCCAGGAAUCCAGUGAGUGCAAUUGACAGGUGCCUUAUGGCCGGGAAGAGUGGUCAAUAUCUGAGUAGUCUUGGAGCAGAAAAUGGCAACGGGAUCCUGAGAACCGAAGGAAAUGAGAUCACAGGCGCCCCACGAGACGUUAUUCACAAUUCGAUUGCAUCCUGCGGCGAUGACCACGCUCUUGACUAUGACCUCUUCACUCUCCGUCAUUACUGA